AUGACAGCAGGAUCGCCGCCGGAGUCAGCGGUCCAAAAAGCUAUCCUUGCUGACUCAGCAUAUCAAAAAGCGGCUGCUCCGACUUUUCUUUGGCCGCCAAAACUUCUCCCGCGUCUCCCUUUUUUUUUUAAUUUCUUCUUAUCCUCGCGCAGAGCGACUCCAAGUCCCCUGAGCACUCGACGAGGAGGCAGAGACUCGUGCCGGAGGGCUCUCGCGCGCUCUCGACCUGCUGCCGCUUCUCCUGCUGCCAGCUUUGAACCGACGAAACAGCUUGCAGGCAGGAAAGAGAAAGGAAAAACACUGCUUCAGCCCCUCGAACAGCUACCUACCGAAGACGUCUCGCAGCCGGGCCGCAAUGAUCCUCUGAUAACUGCCGGUGGCAGCUUGAAUGGAAAUGGGAUUGACGACCAAAAGCUAUUUGCCGCGAUUCACUUGGAGGUAGCAUUGCUCGAGUGGAAUUCCGAACCGACCAGACAGGACGGAAUAGCUUGGAAGACCAGAACGCCCGCUGUGCGACGUGAUAUCGAGCUUCGACUUCAGCUUCAAACCACCGCCAGAGCUCGGCUUCGGAGGCUUCUCGAGAACACUCGAAAUUAUAAUACUAAUAGAAAAAAAAAUUAUACACAGAUGAUGGAAAACUCGGUAGAGUCACAGCGGCUGCGGCGGCCUCGGUCGCGAACCGCCUGUGGGUUUCCGGUGUCGACUAUCAUCGUUACUAUCCUUGGUCUGCUCCUGGUCUUUGGCAUUGUGCAAUCGUACUUGACGCUUCAGAUCGACUCCCAAGGAUGCAAGACGCCCAGUAUGCUGCCAACAUAUAUCAAAUUGGGUGGAUUUGAUACGGAACAUACCCGAUUCGCUAGCAAGUACAAUCUUUACUUGUACCGAGAACGAGGUGUAGACGACUACAGCGAGGAAGAUAUUGGGCUCAAAGGAGUUCCGGUUCUCUUCCUCCCGGGAAACGCAGGAAGCUACCGACAGGGACGGUCGCUUGCUUCCGAAGCCUCCUUGUACUUUCAUAAUGUACUGCAACAUGACCAAGACCGGGUCAAGGUCGGCACCAGGAGCUUGGAUUUCUUCAUGGCAGACUUCAAUGAAGACAUGGCUGCUUUCCAUGGCCAGACAAUCCUCGACCAGGCAGAAUACAUCAACGACGCCCUGUCCUACAUACUCUCGCUGUACCAUGAUCCCAACCGAGCUAGAAGAGAUACCGAUCUGCCAGACCCAGUAUCCGUCAUACUGAUAGGUCACUCUAUGGGGGGAAUUGUCGCCAGGACAGUCCUGACUAUGGCCAAUUAUCAGGCCAACUCUGUGAAUUCCAUCAUCACCAUGUCCACACCACACGCCAGACCACCCGUAUCGUUCGAUUCAGACCUGAUGAGCACCUAUAAACAGAUCAACUCCUACUGGCGCGAAGCCUAUUCAGAGAGAUGGGCCAAUAAUAACCCGUUGUGGCAUGUCACCCUCAUAUCCAUUGCUGGCGGUGGAGGGGACACCAUUGUACCCUCAGACUACACUAGCUUAUCCUCCCUGGUGCCCGAUACCCAUGGUUUCACCGUUUUCACCAGUACAAUUCCCAACGUUUGGACCGGAGUAGAUCACCUUUCAAUUGCAUGGUGUGAUUCCUUCAGAAAAGCCGUUGUUCGAGCCCUCUUUGAUGUUAUUGACGUUCGGCGCGCUACCCAAACGAAGCAGCGAGCCGAACGCAUGAGUAUAUUCAGGAAGUGGUUUCUUACCGGGAUCGAACCAAAUGCUGAUAAACUCCUGCCAAGUAAAGGUAAGAUUAAGCAAUAUUGUGUUACAUCCGCUAUCACCAGACUAACGGGAACCAUAGAACCAACUACUUUAUUGACCCUUGAAGAAAAUGCCAACGCAAUGCUAAAACAAGGUGAACGCCUGGUCUUGCACGGACUCGGCCAUCACGAAGGCCCUAAAGCCCAUCUAAUCCCUGUCCCCCCAAGAGGAGGCGUCCCUGGCAAAAAAUUUACCCUCCUGACAGAUCAACGGGUCGAACCUUCGGGGUCCGGAAAGCUUGAAAUUCUGUUUUGCAGUGAUCCUCCCUCCCGCGCUGGGCAAUCCGCGACGUUGCUUUCCUUGAAUCUUGAUCUAUCCGGUGGCAACGCUGCUUCACCUCGGCUGGUGUGCAAAAGCAGCUAUGAGGACGUGAUAUACAUUCCAGCAUCAAACAAGAAUUCAAAAGCCGCUUUUGAUGACGCUCAACCAUUUUCGUAUUUCCAAUACAGUCUAGAAGACCUUACGGAGUAUCAGUUUGUGGCCAUCGUUGAUAAGCACGAAAAAGCUACUCCCGGGUUUCUGAUCGCGGAGUUCUCUGACAGCUCCGACUCAGUAAUUCCGACUAGAGUUAGCCUGGGUCGGCUUCUUAGCGCUGGCUUAACCAUCCUGCUGCCAGCCGACAGACCAAUGGUGACGGAUAUCAAGGUUCCAGCUCUGCAGUCCAGCUUGCUCGCCUAUAAGCUUAAGCUCAACAGGCAAGGAUGCAAACCCGACUCGGAGCUAUUUGCGCCCAUCGUUCGCCAGUAUAUAUCUGAUCCUUAUGAAUCCAAGUUUUUCGUCAACGUAAAAGCGAUUGACGUUAACCUCCAUGGAGUUGCGCCCUAUAUGCCUCCACAUAUCAGGGACAAUGCAGCCGGAAGUGGCAUAUCCUUUGAGCUGUGGUCAGAUCGGAGCUGCAGCGCGCCACUUCAAAUAUCACUGCAAGUGGAUGUGCUAGGAAGCUUGGGUAGACUUGCAAUGAGAUAUCGAACUGUCUUUGCUGCGUUCCCUCUGGUUAUUGUCGCAAUGGUCCUCCGCAAGCAAUUUAGAGUAUACGAUCAAACAGGCGUUUUUAUCAACUUUUCCGAAAGUUUAGAACUAUGUAUUCGGUCUUCUUUACCUCUUACCUUCCUUGGCUUCUCACUUUUGGCUACCACUCUGGCAACAUCCAAGUCCGUUGUAACCCAGGGGGUACAGUCAAGUUGGCAGUCGAACGCAACAGAGACGCCGAUAGACUAUGGGAAGAAUGAUCUUCUGCUAGGCUCUCAGGACACUUUCUUCUGGUUCUUGGUGCCUCUUUUCGGCAUUAUUAGCGUUGGUGCAUGUGUUGUUGUUCAUUAUGCUGCCACAGCCAUCAUCUAUCUCCUUGGGCUUCUUCGAUCCACUGUGGCUGCUCGACAGGGCUAUAUUAAGCAUGAAAACGGAAAGGCUGCGCCGUUGCUGUGGAGUUUAUCUACAAGACAUAGGAUAGUUAAUGCCGUGAUUCUGCUGUUCCUAGUAGCUACUGUCAUCCCGUACCAGUUUGCGUACGUGGUAGCUUGUAUCGUUCAGUUAAUCACUUGUGUCCAGGCCUCUUCUCAUGCUCGUGAAACGCGAUCGGGCAAUCAUGCCAACCUAAGCAACUUUGCACAUUCGAUUCUCGUCCUAAUGCUUUGGAUUCUUCCGAUAAACAUCCCUGUCCUCAUCGUCUGGGGCCACAACCUCGCCGUACACUGGUUCACGCCAUUCUCCUCUCACCAUAAUGUGUUAUCAAUAAUGCCUUUCAUUCUUCUCGUCGAAACCCUAACCACCGGAGUCAUGAUACCCCGGAUUACCUCGAACUUCAAACAUAUCACAUCCGGACUGUUUUUCUUCCUUGCAGUAUACGCCGCGAUUUACGGCGUCACAUACGCUUACCUGCUACACCAUAUUGCCAACUUCGUCGUCACCUGGCUUGUGGUGCUCUAUUUCUUCGGAAACGGCCUUUGCAUACCAAGCAUCGAUCGGAUAACCCGUCUACCCGACUUCGCCGACACCGACUUUUCGAACGGUCACAUCAAGAAGCUCCCUUGA